AGAAGUUAAAGAUUUAAAAUGUCGUUGGCCGACGAACUAUUGGCUGAUUUAGAGGAUGACGAGGAGAUGGCAGAGGAGGUGAAGGAAGAGCUGGAGGAGAUGGAUAUUAAACCUUCAAAGUUGGAGCUGGAGAUGGUCCCUAGUACUCACACUAUCCACGACGUGGCGCGCCUCAUCAACUCCGACAGGUUGCGGAGCGUGAUGACUAGGAUGGACGAGUUUGCGGAGAAACCGAGGAAACCUCAGGAUCUUAUAGGUGUGGUUGAAGCUGACCCAGAAUACCUGCUGAUUGUGGAAGCAAACAAUCUGGCAGCAGAUAUAGAUCAUGAGAUGAAUACAGUUCAUAAAUAUGCAAGGGAUGUGUACACUAAACGGUUUCCUGAGUUGGAAAGUCUUGUUGUCCAACCUUUGGAAUAUCUGAUGACAGCCAAGGAACUAAAGAAUGAAUUGGAAAAUGUUAAAAACAAUGAAACUCUACUCCAGUAUCUGACUCAGGCGACUAUUAUGGUUGUAAGUGUAACUGCUUCUACAACACAAGGGAAACCAUUAAACAAGGAGGAAUUAGAUAUUGUUGAAUCAGCGUGUGACAUGGCGAUAGAACUCGCUGAGACAAAGAGGAAAAUAUUUGAGUACGUUGAGAGCAGAAUGGCGUUUAUUGCCCCCAACCUAUCCGCCAUUAUUGGGGCAAAUAUUGCCGCCAAGCUGCUCGGCGCGGCGGGUGGACUCACUAAUCUCUCAAAGAUGCCAGCCAAUAAUAUUUCUCUUUUGGGACAACAGAAGAAAGUUUCUACAGGAUUCAGUACUGCUACACAGUUACCUCACACUGGUUUUAUCUACUAUUCACAAAUUGUUCAGGAUGUACCCCCAGAUCUCCGACGUAAAGUAGCUCGUCUGGUUGGUACUAAAUGUACCCUAGCAGCUCGUGUAGACAGCUUCCAUCAGUCGACGGACGGACAUGUUGGACUAGAGUAUAAAGAGGAACUAGAGAAGAAGGUGGACAAGUUGGUGGAGCCCCCUCCCGUGAAAAAUAUCCGGGCUCUUAAAGCUCCGAUGGAUGCUCCCAAGAAGAAGAGAGGAGGAAGACGAGUUAGACAAAUGAAAGAAAGAUAUGCUGUAACAGAACUACGAAAACAAGCAAACAGGAUGACCUUUGGAGAGUUAGAAGACGACUCGUAUCAGAGUGAUCUCGGAGCUACACGAGGAAACAUCGGCAAGGGAGGAAUCGGUGGAGGAAUAAGGAUGGCACAGGUUGAUGAAAGAACAAAAGUGAGGAUUAGUCAAACACUGAAGAAAAAUCUACAGAAGCAGCAGGCUGUAUGGGGAGGAAUGAGCAGUAUUGGUCGGAAGCAUACAAGCGGAACUGCGUCAUCGGUAGCAUUUACUCCAGUUCAGGGUUUGGAGAUCGUAAACCCUGUAGCGAUGGAGAAGAAGGUGGCGGAGGCGAAUGCCAAGUAUUUUUCCGCCACAUCCGGCUUCCGCAGCGUCAAGAAAAUGGAUGCGUCGUACUUCUCCGCCAAACCGUUGGACGGGAAAUCAUGAUGAACCUUCGUAUCUCAAGUUUAUUUUCCUUCUCAAGUAUUUGUUUAUUUGUUAAAAUAG